UACAAAUUACAACUCAUCCCUCCCACAAAAGACGGAAGUAUUUUAUCGAGAAAAAAAACCUGUAAAGUUCGUUUACAUUUCAUUUUUUUUUUCUCCGUUUUUUCUCAAGUGAUGGAUGCUGGAUCAAAGGUGAAGAAAGGAUCCGGAGGAAGGAAAGGUGGCGGUCCAAAGAAGAAACCUGUUUCUCGGUCGGUGAAAGCCGGGUUACAGUUUCCGGUUGGUCGAAUAGGUCGUUACCUGAAGAAAGGCCGUUAUUCUCAGCGUGUAGGAACCGGUGCUCCCGUUUACCUCGCUGCUGUUCUCGAGUACCUUGCUGCUGAGGUUCUUGAGUUGGCCGGUAAUGCUGCAAGGGACAACAAGAAGAAUAGGAUAAUUCCAAGACAUGUUCUUUUGGCGGUGAGGAAUGAUGAGGAACUUGGGAAAUUGUUGGCUGGUGUGACUAUUGCUCAUGGUGGAGUUCUACCCAACAUUAACCCGGUUCUUCUGCCAAAGAAAAAUGAGAAGGUGCAGGCAGCCAAGGAGCCCAAGUCAUCAUCCAAGGCUACAAAGUCCCCAAAGAAGUCACCUAAGAAGGCUUAGUGUAAGUCUUAGUUGUGGCUUCAUUUAUUUCUUGUGUACUUAGCUUCCUGUGUGUACAUUUGGUUUUAGAAAAAUGUUUAUGUCGGUACUGGUAGGAAAUUACUGCGACUAUAGUUCUAGUUGCCUGUGUUGUUUAGACCAGCUUUUGUUCAAAAUGAAUGAAUUGAAUUUGGA